UUUCUUUUAAACCCGGGGAGGUUUUACCUCCAGCCUGGGAGGAAAACUGACAUGAGCUCGCUGUCGUGGUCAUGUGUUUUUUCCCCCUUCCUAUCGCUCCCUCUCUCUCCUCCUCUCUCUCCUCCUCUCACAUGUUGUCCAAGAGCUUUUGUUGGUUUUGCCUUCUUAAUUAUAUGCAUGUAGGUUAAAUGAAUACCUGACGAAAAGGCCCCUGGUUUUCACAGUGUAAUUCGAUAGCUGAGAGGAAAAAGUGGCUGUAAGCAACCUUUGGAAUUCACAUUUUCCUUUCUCCUGUUUUCGCCUUUGAGAAGAUGAUCACUAGCUCCAGUGUACAUGGCUUAAAGAUGCAGUGGACCCCAGAGCAUGCGCAGUGGGCCGAGCAACAUUUCGACAUCUCAUCCACCACACGUUCCCCCGCACAUAAAGCAGAGGCGUACCGUGGACACCUGCAGCGGACCUACCAGUAUGCUUGGGCAAAUGACGAUAUAUCAGCAUUGACAGCCUCCAACCUUCUUAAGAAGUAUGCAGAGAAGUAUUCUGGUAUCCUAGAGGGUCCCAGCGAGCGGGCGCUCCUCUGCUCAUACUCCGAGAGUGCCCCAGGACUCUUGAAUGGACGCAAGUCAGAGAGCGAAGCAUGGCAGGAGGGGAUCUACCCAAUGAGCUGUGCUGCAGAUGUGGUUUCUGCUAGUAAGACUGGCAUGACGGCCGCCCUGCCUCCUCCAGAUGUGACGGCAAGUGUUGGCAGCUCCACGGGGGUGGCUAGUAGCUUGAGCGAGCCCAGCUACUCCAGCAGUAACUGUGGGAAUCAUGCGUCUACUGCACUGCACUCGGGGAUCCCCUCUCAGGAAUUCGCUAGCAGUUACAAUGGCUCGUACUUGCAUUCCACUUACAGUGGCGGGCAAAGCACACCAGCUCUCCCGUCCCCACAUCCCUCACCUUUGCACAGCGCUGGGCUCCUUCAGCCUCCACCCCCGCCACCUCCAACCCUGGUGCCUAGCUACAACGCAGGUUCCCCCAAUCUCUCCAGUUACAAUUACCCUCCAGCAGGGUAUCCCCCACAGACUGCUGUUGCCCCAGGCUACAGCCCAGGAGGAGCACCACCUCCUUCAGCUUACUUGCCCUCAGGCAUUGCUGCCCCCACUCCCCUACCUCCUUCCACCCUUCCCGGUUACUCCUACCAGUCCCACAACCAUGCGCCAAUUGCACCAACCCCUUUGAAUGGCAGCUCGGCCAACACACUGAAAAGAAAAGCAUUUUACAUGACGGGCCAGGGAGAUAUGGACUCCAGUUAUGGAAAUUUCAACUACAGCCAGCAGCGUUCUGCUCAAAGCCCCAUGUACAGAAUGCCAGACAACAGUCUUGUUGACUCAACCAGAGGGAAUGGAUUUGACAGGAAUGCUGACACAUCAUCUUUGGCGUUUAAGCCGACAAAGCAGUCAAUGCCACCGGAUCAGCAGCGGAAGUUCGGCAGCCAGUCCGGCAGGGCACUAACCCCUCCUUCAUACGGAUCCUCCAAAGGUUCCUUGGGAUCCCUGCGGUCAGGCGAGUCAUUUGGAAAGUUUGGUUCCCCUGUUUUGAGUGACCAUGGUGACGACAACAGACAGCAUCUCCCCCAUUCCAUGGGCACGGCGACUUCAUCAAGCCACCCUGCUGAGGAGCAGUUAAAAAACAGCGAUGCUAGUUUGGUAGAGAUGGUCACCACUGAGAUUCUGCAGCAGACGCCCCCUGUUGACUGGAGCGACAUUGCUGGACUGGAGAUGGCAAAAGCCACCAUCAAAGAUGAGGUCCUGUGGCCUAUUCUGAGGCCAGACAUGUUCAGCGGAAUGGCCACAUUACCUCGCAGCAUGCUUCUCUUUGGACCUCAGGGCACGGGCCGGACUCUGCUUGGUCGGUGUAUGGCCAGUCAGCUUGGCGCUGCUUUCCUCCUGCUUAGUGGCUCUGCGCUGGUCACAAAGUGGCUGGGAGAGGGCGAGAAGAUUGUCCAGGCCUCGUUUCUUGUCGCUCGCUGCCGGCAGCCUUCGGUGGUUUUCAUCAGUGAUGUUGAUCUGCUGUUGUCUGCCCAGUUGAGCGAAGAAAGCCCGGUGAACCGAAUCAAGAGCGAACUCCUCCUCCAGCUUGAUGGAGUUCUAAGCUCACCAGAGGAACAUGUUCUAGUGGUGUGUUCCACCAGCAAACCUGAAGAGAUUGAUGAGUCUCUACGAAGGUACUUUGUAAAGCGGUUGCUCGUCCCCUCACCGGAUGCCACUGCACGACAUCAGAUAAUCAGCCAGCUGCUCUCACAGCACAACUACUGCCUCAGUGACAAAGAGGUUGCGCUGCUUGUUCAGCGGACAGACGGCUUCUCCGGGCUGGAUGUGGUCCGACUUUGCCAAGAGGCCAUGGUCGGUCCUCUCCAUGGCAUGUCCGGUGCAGACAUUUCCGGAAUGAUGCCAGGUCAGAUGAGACCGGUAUCAUAUCAAGACUUUGAGAAUGUGUUUUGCAAAAUCCAGCCCAGCAUAUCACAGAAAGAACUUGAUACAUACACUGAAUGGAAUAAGAUGUUUGGCUGUAGUCAGUAAAGAGUGAGGGCAUAAUUAAGUCAGUGGGGUGACCUCCCCUACUCUAAAAGGGGAUACAAUUCAGAAUUCUUUGGGUGACACAUGCAGUUAAACAGUGUGGUUAUUACAAAUGUAGAUGACCCCUAAAGAAGAACCUGAAGGACGGUCAGAUAGAGUUGAAUGAUGCAUGACUGUACUUAAGUCAAGGUCUGGCCCUUUGCACAUAAUCCAGACAGAGAAAUACUGUUUUCUGGGCUCAGUACUGCAGACGCAGAGCUCCACUUACCGAGGUGCUCUGUAAGUGAGGACAAACUUCUUUGUGUGUAAAUAUCAUUCUGCUGUUUUUGAGAUUCUGUUGCUAUGAAGUGCCUGAAGUGGUGCUUUAUUGAUUUGGAUUUGAAUUUGUUUGCCUCACCAUCUCAUUGGUGGCAUGUGCUAAUAUAGAGAGCUUUAACAUGAAACUAAAACAGA